AUGUAUAUUGGCUCUGUAGAGACUACAAAGGACAAUAUGUGGAUGGUAUGCUCUGAGAAUAAUGCUAUAAAGGAUACAGAAGGACUCCAGAUGAAGCAACAGGCUGUAGAAUAUGUCCCUGCACUGUAUAAGAUUUUCGAUGAGAUUAUUGUGAAUGCAGUGGAUAAUAAGGUCCGUGAUCCAUCUAUGAAGCAUCUAGAUGUCGUCAUUGAUCCUGGAAGUAAGACAAAUGGAUAUCGACCGUGGAUUUCGGUCUAUAAUGAUGGUAAAGGUAUUCCUGUCAAAUUCCACAAGACGGAGAAAGUUUAUGUACCAGAAUUGGUUCUAGGUCAUUUGCUAACAGGAUCGAAUUUUGACGAUAUGAGUGCGAGGUUGACUGGUGGACGACAUGGUUAUGGUGCCAAGUUGACGAAUAUCUUUAGUAAGGAGUUUAUAGUAGAGACGGGUGAUACGUCGACGGGGUUACGAUACAAACAGGUCUGGUACGAUAACAUGCGUACUCGUGGAGAACCGGAAAUGACCGAGUUCAUCGGCAAAGAUGCAAAGGAUUUUACAAAAGUGUCGUUUUUACCCGACUUGGAAAAGUUUGAAAUGGAAAAGCUUACGACAAGUAUGGCACGUGUACUAAAGAAGAGAGUAUACGAUGUGGCUGGCUGUUUGUCGGAUGUGGAGGUUACUUUGAACGGCAAUAAGGUGCCCAUUUCUGGCUUUGAGUCCUAUAUCCAAGCCUUUUGCCAAUCCGUUACGACAGCCUCGGAUUCAAAAAUCAUAACAUCACCUGAUGUGAUGAAAGACAGAAGUGAUGAAACAGCUUCUGUCUUGAACUACAUUUAUUCACGUGUAAAUAAGCGCUGGGAAAUUGGUGUGCUGCCUUCUGACGUGGGUUUCGUUCAAGUGAGUUUCGUGAAUGGCAUGUCGGCGCUGCGUGGUGGAUCUCACGUUGCCUAUGUAAGUGACCAAAUUUGCCGUCGUGUUGCUGAGCAUGUGAAUAAAAAGUUCCCUGAGCUGUCAGUCAAUACAGCACACGUGAAGCCGCACCUGGCAAUCUUCAUUAAUUGCCAAAUUGAAAAUCCGACGUUCGACUCCCAGAUGAAAGAGUACAUGUCUUCGCGGCCACAGACCUAUGGAUCAACGUGUACACUUCCCGAACGGCUUGUAAAGCUCGUCCUGUCAGACUCCGGUAUUGUGGAACGCGUCGUGCAAAGCGCCCGCGCGCGACAGCGUGCUGCUCUCCUCAAGAAGGUGUCAUCUGCGCGUUCGAAAAGCACGUCAGUGAACGUGCCAAAGCUUGAAGAUGCUAAUCUUGCUGGCGGGCCUCGCUCAAGUGAAUGCUCGCUUAUCUUGACUGAAGGUGAUUCAGCAAAAGCACUAGCGGUGGCCGGCCUAGCAGUUAUUGGGCGUGACCAGUACGGCGUUUUUCCUCUUCGUGGUAAACUGUUGAAUGUGCGCGAUGCGUCUGUGGCGCAACUUGGCAAAAACGCCGAGUUUGCACAUCUUUGCACGAUCCUUGGUCUUCGCAUGGACGAGAAGUACGAUACGAAGGAAGCGCGUCAGAAACUGCGCUACGGUCGUGUUAUUGCUAUGACGGAUCAAGAUCACGACGGCUCACACAUCAAAGGUUUGUUGUUCAACUUGCUACACACAUUUUGGCCGGAGCUGCUGAAGAAAGGUGGUUUCAUCAGCGAAUUUGUCACGCCCAUUAUCAAAGUAAGUCCUUGUUCCAAGCGUGUUGGCACUGAACGCGGUUUAGAGACUCGCCGUUUCUUCAGUCUUCCUGAAUACUUCCAAUGGAAAGCUUCUCUUGACCCGGACAACCUCAAAUAUUAUACAAUCAAAUACUACAAGGGUCUGGGUACGAGCACUAGUGCAGAAGGACGCGAAUACUUUAGCGACCUGGAUAAACACCUUGUGAGCUUUCGUUGGAGUGGUGACCGCGACGGUGAUGCGCUGGACAUGGCAUUUAGUAAAGCACGUGCUGCGGAUCGCAAGGCUUGGCUUUUGAAUGAAUACUCUUCUGACUCUUUCCUCGAUACAAGCUCGGGAGACGUAACGUAUCGCGACUUUGUGAACCGUGAGCUUAUUCAAUUUUCUCAUGCGGAUAAUGCACGGUCGCUGCCAUCGGUUAUUGAUGGUCUUAAAAUUUCACAGCGAAAGGUGCUGUUUGCCUGCAUGAAGCGCAAGCUGACAAGUGAAGUGAAGGUUGCGCAACUGGCAGGUUACUGCAGUGAACACACAGCUUAUCACCACGGUGAAGCUUCGCUGCAUUCGACAAUUGUUAACAUGGCCCAGGACUUUGUUGGUUCUAACAAUCUUCCGCUAUUGUAUCCAUCCGGCCAAUUUGGAACCCGGUUGCAAGGAGGCAAGGAUGCCGCUAGUCCUCGUUAUAUCUUUACGCAGCUUCAGAAGCACACUCGUUUGAUAUUCCCUGAGGAAGACGAUACGUUGCUUUGCUAUGCCGAUGAUGAUGGAUUUCCAGUCGAGCCCGUAUAUUAUGUUCCGAUCAUUCCAUUGCUGCUCGUGAAUGGCGCAGAGGGUAUUGGUACAGGUUGGUCUUCGUCCAUUCCUUGCCACCACCCGGUAGAGGUGAUUGACAACCUAUUGAGGCUUCUCAGUGCCGAAGAAAAAGGAGAUGAUGUGUCGAAGGUGGAGUUGGCACCAAUGACGCCGUGGGUCAAAGGAUUCAGUGGUGUUAUUCGUCAGACUGGCAAGCAUUCCUUUGUUUCACGUGGCAACGUUGAGCAAAUAAAUACGUCCACGCUGCGGGUAACCGAGCUACCACUAAGCAAGUGGGUAGAGGACUACAAGAAGUUUUUGUGGGACCUCAUUGGUAAGAAAGCUAUUCGGUCUUUCUCGGAGCACCACUCAGAUCGUGACGUUCGCUUCGACAUCUCCAUGACACGCUCUGAUCUUGCUCAGUACACGGAGGAUGCUGACAAUGCUGGCGAUAGCGAAGCAUUAAUGAAGCUGUUGCGUCUCGAAGCCCCUCUCAGCACUAGCAAUAUGCACGCGUUCAAUGCUGAUGGUCAGCUGGUCAAGUACGAGACAAGUGAGGACAUUUUGCUUGAUUUCUACGGCGUUCGACGGGAGUUGUACUCACAGCGGAAGCAGCAUCUCGAGCAAUCUCAAACAAAGGAGAUUCUUCGUCUGAGUAACCGCAUUCGCUUUAUUGAGGAGGUCUCUUUCGGGAGUUUGCAGAAGGUUCUCCAGGAACGCAUUCCCAAGGCUGAACUGGUCAAGCUUUUGAAAAAGCAAGGGUUCUCUCCAGCGUCGGCUUUCAAGAUGAAGGAGAUUGACCACGUCGGUGACCUUGGAUUGGCAGCAGUUGGCCACAUCCAAGAUAAUGCAGUCGUUGACAGUGAUGAAAGUGACGAGUUUGAUUAUCUACUAAACACGUCGCUCAUGAGCUUUACAAAGGAGUUUCUUGAUCGUCUGCAGAAGGAGCACAAUACAAAGCAGGUCAAGUUGCAGCAGUUGCAGACCAUAACCCCGGCUCAAAUUUGGCGUCAGGAGCUAAUUCAAUUGCGUGGCGUCCUACUGCGUGAUAACGAGUUUCAAGUUGUAACGCAAGAUAAAGAGACUCAAGGCUCUAAAAGGAUCAUUGGAAGCCACUGA